CUGCGACCGGCAAAACGGCCCAUCCCAUCAUAGAAAGGACAUAUCCUUAAUAAUACAUAUAUCGCAAGUAGCCCAUUCUAGUUGGCUAUCCUCAAUCAACCAGCACUCUAAAGGACAUAUCCACCUCAUCGAUUCCGUUUUUCUUUCAUUUUCCAGUCUAAGCCAAGUGUUCAAAAUUCGGCAAGCCUAGGAAAUAUGCCUGCCAAAGCUGCUACACCCAAAUCCAAAGGACGAGCACCUAAAGCUAGUCACAAGAAACUAAAACAGGAAGCGAAGAACCAGCAAGAGCCAGAAAAGGCAACAGUCUCUCGAUCUCCUUCACCCUCGUCUGCUUCCUCAUCCUCAGAUGAAGCACCGGAUAAAAAUGCCAAAAGUGAUCAGAACGGUGACGAAGAACUAAACGUUCAAGACGAAACAACCACUCAAUCUUUUGCUGACCGACUCAAGAUCCUAAACCUUCAAACGGAUACCUCCAAUGGACCGAUAGACUUGAAUGAAUCUGAUGAUGACGAGCUACCCGAGGGGCUAGAAAAAGAAGGACUCGCAAAUAAGAUGCUUGGAUCGAAAUCUGCCAAGUCUCUCAACGGAUCGCUCAAUGAUACCAACUCGAUCAACCCAACAACAAUCGCAUCGAUCGGAUCGUUCGCUCAAACUUUAACCCAAGCCCUCAAAUCAACAGAUACCAAACUUUUAGAAUCCUGUUUCUUACAACAAUCUAAAAAUAACAAAAAUCUGAUCUCUAAUACCAUCCAACGAGUCCCGAAGAAGCUAUUGCAUACCCUCAUCGAACAGAUCGUCAUCUGCUUGAAUCGGAAGAAACGCGGCUAUGGCGAUGGCGUAACCGUUGCUACCGUUCGGAGAACUAAAACUUUGGUGGAAUGGGUCCGACAGAUCUUGCUCAUCCACAUGUCUUACCUAUUAACGAUUCCGACACUUGUGACGCAACUUUCAACGCUCCAGGCAUCGUUACAAAAGCGCUUGAAUUUGCACACCAAGCUCCUAUCCUUGAACGGGCGGCUGGAAUUAGUGCUCAAUCAGAUCGAACUGAACAGGGUCUCGAAUGGAAGCCGCCAGCUAACCGGAUCGAAAACGUUGAAAGCCAUCGAUAAGAAGAAGAAGAAGGCAACAUCGGUCCCCAAACAGGAGCCCUACAAGUACGUCGAAGGGGAGAGUUCGGCGUCCGAGCAAGAAGCCGAAAAAUCGAACGAUGAUGAGAGUGAUGGCAGUAGCGACCAAAGUGACGACGAGGACGGGAGCGAUUCUGAUCAACUCGACCAGACGGACUCGGAGGAGGAAGGCAGCGUUGAAGACGUGGUAUUGGGAAGUGGAUCCGAUGAAGAAGAUUCAGAAGAUAGUGAGGAUGAGGCGGCCGAAGGCGCCCGCCGAUUGAAGAAGCUGACAAACGGGAUCAAUGACUUGCUAGACUUGGAGGCCGACGAAAGCGGGAGCGAAGACGGUAGCGGCGAUGCGGAGGAGGAAGAGGAGGAGGAAGAAGAAGAGGAUGACGACGAAUCAAUGGAGGGAUUUAUUGAUGACGGGUCAGAAGAAAGCUCCGAAGAAGAAGAUUCAGAUUAAAAAUUCUCUUCAUCAAGAAAUUCAGUCAAAAAAAUUUCCCAACGGAAUCGGUCUUGCCAACUCUCCACUUCCUAUGUGCUUGAUUCUUUUUCUUAUUCUUCCAAAAAACAGUCAGUCAAUUAAUUUGUUUGUCUAUCAUGGAGUUUCCAUCAGCAAUAUCCUUGUCUAAGAUGGAUGGCCAUGACCGACAUAGUCAUUUAAUCAACUUCAUUUUUUUUUUCCACCAGCUGUCUCUUGACAUUUCCCUUUUCUUGUUAUUUUUUCUUUUUCUUUUUUUCAGUAUCAAUCCAAGUUCUUUUUUUUUGUCCUGCUUGCGUGAUUUCACUUGGAUCUUCUGAGUGGAAUCAACCCAUAGAAAAUUCAACUUUGAAUCAACUUUUUUUUGAUCAUGUAUUCAUACAAUGACAAUCAUAAAAAGGCCACAAGA